CUCUGUUCCAUAAGUGUCCAAAUUUUAUAAAACCUAAUCUCACUUCCUUCCUUCCGCCCUCGCACUUCACCAUCUUUCUCCCGUCGCCGUCGCCGCCUCCGCCUCCAUCUCAGUUUCAUUCUUCUCAAAGGUUAGUUCGAAGUAUGGUUUCCAAAUAUUCUACCAAGUUGUUGACUAUUUGUGUCGCCUCAUUUUGUAAAUCUCACCAAUUUCAGAAAGCUGAAAUUGCUAUUAAAGAUGCCAUUCGUUUAGGAGUUGUUCCCGACAUACUAACUUACAAUAUUUUGAUUAAUGGGUAUUGCCAAUUUAGCGACAUGGAUGCUGCUUAUUCUGUCUUUCAUAAAAUGAGGGACGCUGGCAUUACUCCAAAUGUGUUUAUUUAUACUUCUUUGAUGGCUGCUGCAUCCAGAAAUUCUUCAUUAGAACAAUGCCUUAAUCUGUUUCAUGAAAUGCUUCAAUUAGGUAUCACUCCUGAUGUAUGGAGUUACACCACUUUGACCCACUGUUUCCUUAAAGUAGGAAAGCCAGAUGAAGCUAAUAGCAUUUUUUUGGAUUUUAUACUUAAAGACCACUCCCCUAAUCCUGCUACGUUUGAUGUGAUGAUUUUCGGCUUUUGCAGUUGUGGAUAUACAAGUAAUGCUAUUACGUUGUUUAGAAAUUUGCAGAGCCAUGGACUUGUUCCUAAAUUUGUUACAUAUGACAUUCUUCUUACUGGACUUUGCAAGGCGGCUAGGUUGAAUGUCUCUGUAAGUAUGUUCAACGAGGCUAUGAGUAUGUUCAAUGAGGCCAUCGAUUCAGGUUUUGAGCCCGAUUCUACUACAUACAUUGCGUUGAUGAAAUGUUGCUUCAAAUUUAGAGAGUAUCAACAUGGAUUCGAGAUAUUCUUUGAAAUGAAAAACAAGGGCCUUGCUUUUAAUGGUUUUGGUUACUACACUGCUAUUGGUGCUUUACUUCGGUUAGGUAGGCUUGAAGAGGCAAAAUUUUUUAUGGUAGAGAUGAUAAAGAAUGGAGUGGUAUUUAAUUUAGUUUUUUAUAACACAGUUGUUAAUUUGUACUGUAAACAUGGUAAAUUGGAGGCUGCACAUAAGAUGUUGGAUAAGAUAGAGUCACGGGGAUUACAAUGCAACGAUUACACACAUGCUAUAAUCACUGAUGGGUUAUGUAAGGUUGGCAAUUUUGAGGGGGCUCGACGACAUUUGAAUUAUAUCUAUCCAACAGGUUUUACUAAUUCAAACGUGGUAGCCUCGAGUUGUCUAAUUGAUAGGUUAUGUAAGGCUGGACAAAUUGACCAAGCAAUGCAACUGUUUGAAUUAAUGGAAACAAAGGAUCCUUAUGUCUACACCUCUCUGAUGCACAAUCUUUGCAAGGCAAGGAGAUUCCUUUGUGCAUCAAAGUUAUUGCUUGACUGCUUAAGAAGUGGCAUCAGUGUUUUUCGGUCCACACAAUGUGCAGUUAUCUUCGGUCUUUGUUCUUUUGGAUUUACAAGUGAAGCAAGGAAGCUCAAACCUUUCAUUCAUUUAUCAUAAAUAGAGAUUUCAAUAGGAGGAGGUAGCCGCAACAAAGAAAUGUUUAUUUCCAAUGGAAAGCAGAAGGAAUCCAAGCGACAUGAAACAAGGUAGAUACCAAAUAUCUCUCUUAUACAUGGAACAAGCACAGGGAACAAAAUUAUUGAGUGUCACUUUUCUACGGUUAGUCAUUUUUCUCGUGCCCCCUUUCGUGAUUGAUCAUAGGGAUAUUCUUUGUAAUUUAACGUUUUCCCUUACUGUCUAGCCUCGCACGGAAAAGGGAUCAAUUUUUUCUUUAAAAAGAAUAUUUUAAAAUAUUUCUGUAAUAUAUAUCUAUACUAUGUAUAUAAAGUGGCUAUAUGAACAAUUUCCCUCCCCCCUAAUUUCUCCCUUUUAUAGUUCAUUUUGUUGCUUACUAUUUGGUUUUAUAGUAAGCGUCUUAUUAGUUUUUUUGUUUUGUUUUAUAAUUAAUUAUGGUUUUUUUAAUAAAUAACUAUUAAACAUUUCAACCCACGUUUACGUCCUUCUUGGUUCCACUUGCCAUGAAUUUUUCUUUUAUUCGUUUUCUUUUGUAUAUCAGUAAUCGUUUCCAAUAUUUUAGGACACCAUUGAUUGUGAAUUUUUUUUAAAGAUGUAUUAAUUAGAAGUUAAAAGUGACUGAUUUUUCCAAAAAAGAAUAAAAAUAAUCUUCUACACCAAAAUGCAUAUUUAGGAUCUCUAUAAUUAGAGAUUUCAAUAGGAGGAGGUUGUGCCAGCACAGAAAUGCUUAUUUACAAUGGGAAGCAGAAAGAGUCCAGACGACAUGAAACAAGAAGCAGGGGCAAAACAGAAGUAUUAUAAAAAUAUGACAUGUUCGCAGCACGGUUUUGCCAAAGAAAAAGUAUUAACCCAGGAACUUGGGGAAGAAAACCAACUUCUUUGCAGUUUAGAUUGAGAUCAUCCACUCUAGUGAUAAAAGGGUUUUGAUAUUCUCAAAAUCGUUCCUACAAAAUAGGAUUUAUAUAUAUAUAUAUAUAAGUAAAACAAUACAUACACUCAAAGGUACGUUUAAAUUAUUCCUAGUUUUCUACUUCUGAAGCUUUCGAUAAACUUUGUUUGUUACUGAGUUGUGACUUGAGCACUGCAGUGUAGGUGGCUUACUACUCUACUUCACAGACGUGCAAGAUUCAUUUCUUUUGCAAAGCCAUUAUUUAAUUUUUCCCUUUGUAGUAUUACAAAUUUAUCUUGGUAUGCCAAAUUCCAACAUCAUGUGAGAAUUAAUCUUUGAUUUAUGGAUAUUCAAAACAUGGAUGUGAUAAAAAUGGCCAACAAAGUUAAGAGUUAGGAUUACAUUGAAGAAACAAAGACAAAUAUUGUAUUUUCCGCAACCAAGAACAUGGUACAAUAGACUCUUUCAAUCCAAGCGAGUUAAUUGAAGCAUUGAUCUUGAAAGAAGUACUAAAAGGAUUACGUUAGAAGAGUAGCAAGCGAGUACAUGGAAAACCCCAACGAGAUAGAGACUAAAGACAUCAUAACUCUUCACCCCUACGAGAGAUUGGAGUAAUCUUUGAAUCUCCAACUCAAGAGAGAGUGUCGAGAAAGAAGGUGGAAAAGAGAAUCUCAGAUAAUGAUACUAAACCAUAUAAAAAAACCCACUUGUAACUGUUCGAACUUAAUCAAUGAUGGUCCAAUUAAUGACUUGAUAGAUUCUCUGUG